AACUCAUCACUGAAGCACAUCGCUGAUAAUUAUUUAUUUUCGUCUGAAUAUUAUUGCAUUUUUUUCUAUAUUUUGGUAUUUUUCUGUGUGAAUUAAUGUUUUAUUUCUAUAAAAACAUUUUAAAAAAUUUUUUUUUUUGAACAGUAAUUAGUGUAAUUUCAAAUUUUGGUAAUAUGUUGGUGUUGGUAUGUAUGAGACGUAAUAAUUUGGCGGUUUGGUUUACUUGUGUGUUCAACGAAAAAAUAUAUAAAUUUCAUCUUAGCGAUGAACGGUGUAUCAGAAGACUUUUGGGAUGCUGUGUCUGAACUGUUAACAGUAUUAAGAUGUAAUUCAGUUGCCUUUUUACAAAAUAAACAGGAGCAUGUGGUGUGUGAUGAAAUGGUUGGUGUAUGGGAGUUCCUUCUGAAAUAUUGUCGGCCAAGCUGUGAAAUUUGUGAAAUCCAGAAAGUUUUGACAAGAAUGAACGAACGACAGGAACUUAGAAAUUACAGGAAGAAAGUCCACCUGAGGAAGAUUGUUGCAAGAAAGAAGAAAUUGAAUAGCAAGUGUGAGCGAACUAUCUUACAGUUGGUUACGAAGCACUGUCAUGCAGAUUGUGACAUCCUGGAUACUCGUAAAAGUAUUUGCGAGAUGGAGAACAAAGUGUUCCUCCUGCACUGCAAAGUUUUGGAAGUGGAGCGAGAGCUGAAGCUCCUUGCAGAGAAUUGCGACUUGAUCAGCAGAUACAUCAGCGACCAAGAAGACGGCAGUUUGAGCUCAGGGCUGUCCCCGUCGAGUUGCGCGCACGGAGCGUUGGGUCGGAGCAAGGCAGCCAGGCGUGGCGAGAGCGGUCCGACAGGGGGCAGGCACGAGUCUGUCGGAGACGACGGCCUGCGUGGAAGCGCCGGGAAGACGCCAGCUCGAGGCACCGACGCGGCUGGUGUGUGGGAGGCUGUGCUCUGCCUCCUGGAUCAGGCCCGCCAACAAGUAGAGCAGAUGAGCGACGGCCAUUCUGAAGCGGGGAUGUCCAAUAGUUGUGGGCUGUCAACGUUGGCAAAUUUCCGUCUACAGUUUGUCGAACUAGCGAAAAAUGUGACAAGUUUAGAAAGUGACAUGAGUGCAUCCAAGAAUGAUAUUAUCAUCAACACUACAUCAGAAAAGCUAUUAAAGGACUGGUUUCUGAUGCAGCACCUUGGUGAUACAGUUCUGUUUGGCAGCGCUGUGGAAGACUUUGUCAAGCUGAGUGUAAAUCAUCAACAUCUAAAAUCCAUUAAAAAUCAUUAUCUUUCAAUUCAGGAAACGUGCAGCGAUGAAACUUAUAAAUUGAUGACUUUAGAAGUGGAAAAACUCAUAAGGCAGAGAGAAGACAUGUUGCAUAAAAAUGCGGAGUGCCAGAGCCGCCUGAGGGACGCGCUGGCCCACUGCUCCGGUCUGCUGCUGGACAUCGGCCGGCUGGCCGGGACCAGCUCGCGGGAGCUGUCCGAGCACCUCUCCGCCGGUCGGGACUGGGCGGGCACGGGCCGGCUGGCGGAGGAGGCGUCUGCCCUGUGGGCCCGGGAGCUGGACAUGUUCCUGACGUUCCCGCUCUGCGCACUCCCUGGGAUCUGCCUGCGCAGCAAGCAGUUGUCGCCGCCGCAACUUGUGUGCCCAGAGACGCUGCGUACGUGUGUCCCGGCGCUCCGCCCCAGCGACAAGCUGGUGACUCUGCACAGAAGCAUGUUCCUGCUGCCUGCGGAGGCUGCUCUCAUCAAGCUGGCCAACACGGUGGUAUUCAGGGCAGCGCGCAAGGAGGAGAAUCGGGCUGUCGCCCAGCUGGCUUCGCUACCUAUUAUCAAUGUUAGUCAGUUGAAAGUCGAGAAAGAAAUACUUUUAUCUACUUACUCUUCUAAACUCAAGUCGGUGUGUCAGUCCUUCGAGGCACUUGUGCAUUCGUUUGAAGAAAAUGAGAAGAAUCUUCUGUUUUGGGCCUCUCAGCCGCUGAGCCCGGUGGCAAAGACGAUGGUGGUGAACGGCAGGACGUUCGAGGAUUUCCAGCAGGUGCGGAACAUGUCCAGUCUCUGCAAGUCCAGUUCCGUGCAGUCUGGUCUCAACAAUCUCAAGUCGUUUCAGUCGUUCAGAAAAAGGACCGACAGUAUGUAAAUCUGCGAGGUGUACGUGUGUUGUGUGGAUUUUGUUCUGGCAUUAACUGUGAUAGUUGCUUACCAACUGCCUGAUUUAGUAUUGCUGUAUUUACGUCGUGCUUGCCACGUUUAUGUACUGUAGAGGAAAAUAUCAGAUGUAGUAGAGUUCUUUAAUGGGUUGUUUCACAUGUCUCGAGGUCAGAAAUAAGGAUAGGCUGUGCGUCUUUAAUUCUAGUACAGUCCUAAUAAGGAAUAAAGUGAUAUGCAUUUGUUUGGAUAAGCUUGUAUAAAAUUAUUAUGAUUACAAUUUAUGAUUGUGUGUGUAUUAAUCUUAAAAUAGAUUUGAUUAUUCCUCUCUCUGUUUUUCAUAAUACAUAUUGAGGGGAACAUUUGUGAAGUGACCUUAAAUCUUUAAUCAAGACAUGUAAUAUGAACUCAAAUGUUAAAUUUUCUCGUGUCCUCAAUUGUAAGAUGCCCUUAAAUAAAACUAUCUUAACUAGAUAGCUCACAAUUUAAAAUUUUUUAAAUUUAAUAUAAGUUAACACUUGUAGCCAAGUUAACACGUGAAAUACUGUUUACUUCCAAUUUAGUAUCAGGUUUCGUAAUUUAAUAAUUUAUAUUAAAAUGAAAUGCCUCAAAAAAUCGUUAAAUAAUUAGUAUAUUAAAUAAAGCUCUAGUGAAAUUACCAAAACGUAAUAUUCUAAUAUAUUCAUAAAAGUUUCCUUCAUUAAUAAUGCUAUUUAAUUUGCAAGUUCAUUUAUAAAAUUGUCAACAAAUGCUUAUUGAAUUUACAGAGCAGAGAAUUUUGUGUAUUAAGUUGAAUUACAAAACAUUACAUAUGUUUUCAUAUUUAAUGAGUACAAAUUACUAUAAUUACAUAUUUUGGAAAAGAAAAAUUUAAAAUUGAGCUAUUGUUUAAAGAAUUUGUGUUUUUUUGCAGUACAACACACACAAGCUUUAAGUAACUUCUGUUUGCACCAUUGUAAUGCUCUGCUGUGUUACAAUGUUGUACAUAAUGUAAGCUACAAAAGGCCAUUCAGAAUUUAUUUGUGAAAUAUGUAAUAUGUGGCUUAGGCAUUAUUAAAUAAAAUUAGUUCUUAGUUAUUGGUGGCAUCUUAAUUUAAUUGUGCAUAUGUAAUGAAAGCUGUAUAUUUUAUAUGAAUGUAGUUUUAUAUAUUUCUGUAUUUUCUGCCAUUAAAUUUUUUUACAUUUAAA